CAUCCCCACCUCCCACCAUCCCUCGCUUCUCUACUCCCUAACCAAAACCCCUUUCCCACCUCUCUCUCUCCCCUUCUUCUUCCUGGCAGUAGAUUGUGAUCUUUAGCUCAUUCGCUUCCAGAUCCUCACUUUCUCAUUCUUGUAACUCGCAUUCCUCCGAUGAGUCGCCCGAAGGAUUUUUCAUGGGUAUUGGCAGCUAUAGCUGCCAUGUUUAUAGGAGGGGAUUUGAGAGUAGGCGCAGAUACAAUGGUGACCGGGAGCGUCUUCUGCGACCAAUGCAAAGAUGGCCAUUGGAGCCUCUUCGACUAUCCUCUCGAUGGAGCGAAGGUGGCGGUGACGUGCGGAGGAGCGGACGGCCAAAUGACAGCGUACAAAGAAGACAGCACCAACUGGCUGGGCUGCUACACGGUGAGAUUCGAGGGGAACCCGGACCUGAGCGGCUGCUACGCGCGGGUGGUGGGGGGGCCGGAAGGGUGCGGCGCCGGGGCCGGGCCGGCGCGGGGUCUGACCCUCAUGUUCCGGAUGUUUGGAAUGGCCAUGUACACGGUGGACCCGCUGCUGUCCCAGCCGCCGCAGCCCAUGGGAUUCUGCCCGCGCGAUUCGGCCCCUCCCUCGUCGCCGACGCCGAUGCUGCCCCGGCUCCCGCCGCCGCCACCUGUGCCCCGACGGCCACCGGGUCUCCCUUCCUUGGAGGCCUCCGCCUGCUCCUACGAUAAAUGGAUGAUGCCACAAUUCAAGUGCUACUGGAAGGUGGUGAGCCCACAGACGAGGGUCGCCAUGGCUUUUGGACCUAUCGCCGCCGGGAGGUACGGGAUGAACAUGACCCUGUGGGAAGGACUCCAAGGGAGGGGAGACCUCUACAGGACGCUGCUUAGAGAAGGGACUGCAGCUCUUCUCAACUCGUAUGAUAGCUUGAGCUUCUUCUACCCCACACUUGGUGUGAUAGACCACAUGAACCGGGCCUUGCUUGGGUCCUCUAGGCAGGCUCUCACUACGGCAUUAAGGUUCAGAAGGGCCAACUCCGGUGCAUAUGGCCCUGGAAACGUCACCUGCAAUUUUAACCCAUGUUCGUAAAAUGAGUUUUAUUCAAUUGAAUUCUCUACUCAUAUGCAUGAAUUUCUCAUGAUGUUGUUGUGGCCUUGGAUUUGAUUUCACCUUACACAUAUGAUAUGUAACUGAUACUUAUGAGUCAAAGUGCUUAAUAUAUUUAUUCG